GGGUAAGUAGCAGUAGAGGGAAUACGGCAGCUAAUGUUAGCUCCGGUUUAAUCAGUGCAACGUUACUAGACAUAUUUGAGGUUGGUGUAAAUAAUUACUUAGAUUUGGAUUAGCGGUAGGCCUAACACUCAAGGUAGAGGAUAACUAGCCUACUUCAAGAGGAAAAAUGAGCUCUCAAGCAGCAGCGAAAGUUGUGGUGAAAAGCACGACCAAAGUGUCUCUGAAUGACCGCUUCACUAAUAUGCUGAAGAACAAGCUGCCUCCUGCAGUUAAUGUGAGGGCCACUAUGCAGCAGCAACAUGCAUCCACUGCUCGGAACCGAAGGCUUGCCCAGCAGAUGGAGAAUCGCCCCUCAGUCCAGGCUGCCCUGCAGAACAAACAGGCUAAGACUCUAAAACAACGCCUAGGUGUCCAGGCACGGCUGGGCCGCCAGAUGGUCACCGCGACCCGAGGAGGAGUGGGCACUAGGGGUUUCGCAGUGACUGGAUUCCGAGGGGUAAUGCGUGGUGGUGGCCGUGGAAGAGGUGCUUUCUUCAGGGGAGCCAUGCCUCUUAGAGGUGUGAUGCGCGGCCGUGGCAGGACCUGCUCGACUGGCAGUGAGGCGGGGCCUGAGGCAGAGAGGAGGCCAGGUGGGCCGAGCUGGUGUGCUGGUCAGUAGAGGAGCCCGUCCUGGAUUCGGAGGAAGAGGUCGCGGAGUGGGUCUCCGUGGACGUGGCUCAUUCACCAAUCGGGGCGGAGCACGUGGCUCAUUCACCAAUCGGGGCGGAGCACGUGGCUCAUUCACCAAUCGGGGAGGAGCUCGUGGCGGGUUCGGCAAUCGGGG